AACGCUUUUUUUCUUUCUCGACAUCUGUGAUGUUCCGCAACGCGCUGUCGGCGGCGACCCGCCCAGUUCUUCACCAAUCUCAGAGAACAGUUACAACGCUUUCUGCCGGUUUUCCGAGAGUAACCCAAAGACUUCCCACAAAAUAUGGUGGUGUAUAUACUGUGACUCUGAUACCAGGUGAUGGCAUAGGUGGAGAGAUCACGGACUCCGUGAAAGAAAUCUUCGAGCAUGUCAGUGCACCCAUUGAGUGGGAGCAGUAUAACGUUUCCGGCAUAUCUUCGUCCGGCGAGGAGCUAUUUAAGCAGGCAAUGGAGAGCUUAAAGCGCAACCGAGUUGGCCUCAAAGGAAUUUUGUUCACUCCUAUCUCUCAGUCUGGACAUGUCUCGUGGAAUGUUGCCAUGCGUCAGCAGCUCGAUAUUUACGCGUCGGUUGUGAUGUGUAAAUCCCUCCCCGGCUUCCCAACCCGUCACUCAAAUGUCGACUUUACUAUCAUUCGUGAAAAUACCGAGGGUGAAUAUUCUGGUUUGGAGCACCAGAGCUACCCUGGUGUCGUCGAAAGCUUGAAAGUCUCGACGCGAGCAAAGGCAGAGCGCAUCACGCGUUUUGCUUUUGACUUUGCGUUGAAGAACAACCGCAAGAAAGUAACAUGUGUGCACAAAGCUAACAUCAUGAAACUCGGAGACGGUCUGUUCCUUAACACCUUCCGCCGUGUGGCAGAAGAAUACAAAUCCGCAGGCAUCGAAGCCAAUGACAUGAUCGUCGAUAACACGUCCAUGCAGUUGGUCGCGAAACCUGGACAAUUUGACGUCAUGGUCAUGCCAAACUUGUACGGUGCCAUCAUCUCGAACAUUGGUGCUGCUCUCGUCGGUGGACCUGGUAUCGUCCCAGGUUGCAAUAUCGGCCGCGAAUAUGCAUUGUUCGAACCUGGAUGCAGGCACGUUGCAUCUGACAUCAUGGGCACCAACCGCGCCAACCCGGCUGCCAUGAUCCUUAGUGCAACGAUGAUGCUCAGGCACCUCGGCCUUGACUCCAUUGCUAACAGCAUUGCUAGCGCAACGUUUGAUGUCAUCAACGAUGCCCAGGUCCGAACAGCAGAUAUGGGUGGUGCUGCUACUACAUCAGAAUUCACAGCAGCCGUGAUCAAAAAGCUUUAAGGUAGCAUCAUUCUUCAUCUCGCCACUGCCAGCGCGCCGCAAGCACAACCUAUCAUUGUACUAGACUGUUAUGUUAGACAGCUGGAUGUAGACAUACCGCCCUCUAAAAUGCAUUUUAACUAGGUACCAUUUUAUUAAUUGCGACGGUACAAUAUUUUGCAACCUUGGAUCGCAAGACAACUAAGUCCAACUGGACCCUUUCUAGGUGAACUCCAGGUCGUCGAACGUAGGAUCUUGGUCCAAGAUGGCUUCGUAUUCCUCCAACGUCAGCCCGUGAGACUUCUUUCUAUCGGGCUCUUUUUCUUCUUCAACAUUUAGUAUCUUUAUAACUUCUUUCGCCGUCGAAACAUCGGCACCAGUCUUGUCCUUGCCUCUAAGAGCCAAAAUUACUUCACACUUCACUUCACCUCUCUUCCCCCACCCAUCAACAGCAGGCCUGAAAUCCGCAUAGAGUGAGAACCCUUUCGAAUUGAGCUCGUGUGGUAUAUAGCUUUCUGCAAGGAGACGCAAAGAGCCGAUGAUAUAGGGGGUGGUUUGACGGAACGAACGCGAUAUAUAGGAGAAAGCCGUGCUGGGAAUGGCAGGAGAAUUGUUUGAAAGAGCCCGCCAUUGUGACGACUGGGUCUGGUACAAGGGACUGCUUCUACCCAUGAGCUCUACGUAAGGUUGAGUUCCAUCUUUAGUAGCUUCCACCCCUUCCGCCCGACUAUGACUAUAAAUACCAAGAGAAACGCCUUUCGAUAUGGCGUUCAUUUCAGUGUAUACCGAGGCUAUGCUUAGGGCCUCUUCUCUCUGGAAGCCCAUUCGCUCUGCAACUAUAGUAGACCACGCAGUCAUCAAGGGAGCACGGUUCACAACAGUGGACUUCGCCUUCAAUAUCUCUUCAUCCAUUACUUCCUCAAACUCAAGGCUGCCAUACGAUGCUGCUUCAUCACGGGGUCCAUUAGGUAGCAGGUCAUUCAAGUCGUCAUCCCUCUUCCGCUUUCUUUUAGUCGGUGUGGUCACAGCUUUCACGGCAGGCGCAGGUCUAGACUGCGAUGUCCCACUCCCUUCCGCAUUUUCAGGUGUAUUUUUACUGUCAGCUUUGGUACCUGGGCUUGCCUUGGGCAGCUUUGCGGUAUAGCCGGCCUUCCGGAUAGCAUUCAAGGAGACUUUUCUUGUCUCCUUAUCGUUGAUACCGAAUGAUAUGAGCUUUGCAUCAGUCAAAUGAGAUAGGGAUUCCGGGUUAUUGAAUUCCUUAUAGAUUUUACUUGCAACAGCCAUGGCUUUAGGGACGGGGACACCAUGAUUCGUUAGGACUUUGAGAAAAGCCGGCAGGGGAAGCUUCCUCGAGGACAAUAAAUCUGUCAUAU